AUGGUCCUCAGCAUCACUCCCCUGCUUGCAGUGUUCUGCACUGUCGCUGGUGUGAAUGAACAAUGGAUGACAACAUUCUUCAGAGCCGCAUACGCAGGUACUCCUCCAGACGAAUGGAGUCUAUAUUUCGUGCAAUCGCCGAACCAAAUGCCUGAUAUUGAUGCGGAGCCAACACUCAAUGUACCUCCCUUUCAAAGUGGAUUUAUUGGCUCCAGUCCUUUAGCUCUGGCUGGAGCCCUGAGAGAUCAAUGCGGCGACGCGUGUGGCGCAACCCCUUACCAGUUCAUUGUAACUGAUCAAGAUACCAAAAACAACAAUGAUGUUCUUUUCGUCCGAAUCGAUCAAGCAGAAUCUGGAAUGGAUAAGCUUCAAAUGAAGCGCAUCAUUCCACAAUUAGCCAACAAGCUCGCAGUUGCGGUUGAUAUCGGUACUACGGGUUUUGAUCAGGUACAAGGUGGAAGUGAGUGA